CUGUGAACUGCUUUGCAUAUGCGCGCUACUGAGGGGUAGAGACAUCUGCGUUCCGGACUACCGUAAGACGUGUCUGUGUUGACGUCCUAGUUCCGCACUCCGCACACGGCUUGCACGCCCUCGCUCUCGACGCCCCCGCCCCGACGCAGGAAUCCAGUCGGCGCUUCUGUCUAUUUUUACCUUGACUGUGGCUGCCCGCCACCAUCGACAUCUGAGUAUUCAACCCGCCGAUCUUUUGCUGCCGAAUAGCCCACCGUGUGGCGCCCUGGCUGUGAACGUUGCUGUGGUGGCGCAGACUUGACCAGCAGCAUACACUACCCUCGUUGGACCCGUCCUUGGCAGCCGCCCACACUCAAUUACCUUCCGGACGCAGUUUCCCAAAUGUCCUUGCGGUAGAUCAACGGCCUCGGAGAGAAGCGAACCGCGCAGCCGAGAAAGGCGGCGACGAGAGCCGGACAUGUCGUUCCUUGUCGCCGUCCAGUCCGCCAUCUUCUACUUCCUCGCCUGCACACCAUGCCACGAAUUCCAUCACCAGCACAAAACGCGGCAGCAUGCCAAGAGGGAGAGGCAGAGGAAGGAGCGCAUCGUCAUGGAGCAGCCCCACCUAUACCGACAUCCGGAUCCGUUCCACACCAACCCUUACUGGGACGAGGAGAUCCGAAUGGGGCCGAGUCUGCCCAAGAAGAGGAGAGGGAGUGAAGGGAUCGCCAAGAGCCUCAGCCAGCGGCGUCUGACCGCGGCGAGCCGCGACGGCCGCCCGAGCAUCGGAACCGGGAGCAGCGUGGUGGUCAGCAUGUCCGAGCUGGGAUCGAUCGCCAGCCCGAGACCGUCCACCAGCCCAGCCAAUGCCCAGGGCCUGGCGAGCGCCCCGACCGUGGUUCCCGAGGAGGAACCGACGAGUCCAGCGCUCAGCAAGACAGCAUCCAUAUCCACCAAUGCCGACUGGAACCUGAAACGGUACCAACGCGAGGACGAGGAGUUGUGGGGCCACGAGUCGGCGUGGUCGGGCCGCCACAAGCUGAUGGACGCCAUCAAGCACGCCGGCACGACGGCCGGUCGCUACAUGGAGUCGAAGCUGGGGCUGGAAAAGCAGAUCACGGACGAGGACCGGUACAACUUUUACUUCACACCCAGGAACCCGCCCGUCAACGACUACCACCCGCCGGUCGUCAGCAGCAGGCCCGCGCACAAGGAUGCCCUCCGCUGGAUGCUCCAGCCGCCACCGCCGGCGAAGGUCAUGGAGGGCAAGGUGCCCGUCUCGAGGAGCGCGAGCACCAUGAGCGCGGCGUCUAGGAGAACCGUCUCCACCCGGGACGGAGGAUCGCUGGGGAGGUUGGUGGGCGAGAAGGCCGUCGAGGCUAGGAUACGAAGGGGUGAGACGCCCUUGGAUGACGCGCGGCGAUCGACGCCGUCGCUGCAGAAGUCGAGGUCGCGAGUCUCGACGGCGGCGAGGACCAGGAGCCGGCGCACGACGGCAACAAGCAGCUCUGCUACCGAGUCCGAGGAGGAAACCGAUGAGAUGAGCAGCAGAAAAAGACGGGUGAACCACCGGCCGCCCGGGGUGGAGGAGUCGGAAGACGAAGACGAGGGGAUAUACUUGUCCAAGAGCCCCAACACGCUGAGCAACGCCUCGUUAUCGACCCAUGCCGCUCAGAAGCCGAGGUUGCCCACUAUUCUUAGCUCGGGGCACGACGACAGAGCAUCGUCCAGCGUGGACAGCAGCGACACCGCACACCCGCUGCGCGAUAUCACUAACACGAGCUCCACACCCGACCUCGACAAGCUGGCUCAGCCAGCCAUACCUGUCGGCCCCGACGUGACGGUGCAUUCUUAGUUUUCCGGAACCAGUCUCCGUUCUCACACGUUUUCCUAUCUGUCCUCUCGGUUCAUUGUGUUUCACUUUCUUUUUCCUCGCAGCAUGGGACCCGGCGCAGCAUGUUGAUACGGCAAAGCAACUCGCAUUGAAAGGGGCUUGGGCUUAGGCUUGGGAGUCGGGUGGUUGGGCGCGGCGUUCGGAGCGGCUGUAUCCGCAAAAAUGGGAGGGCGCCUUGUGUCAUUUCAGACAGCAUGAUCAUUCCCUCUGUCCUUCUCAACCUGCUUCUUUGUUUUCCCAAUCGGCUUAGCACUCGGGCCCGAAUUGUCAUACAACCUGAGAUGCCUGCUGUGUGUUCCACCACACGGGGCUCCAUCAGUAUCAACAACGAAACAGAAGACUUCCUUACCGUG